ACCAAUCGGCGGGCAGCCUUUCCUGUGCCUGUCGCCAGGCGGCCCAAUGGCGACGAGGCGGAGGCGUUCCCCCAGCCAAGUUAGGGUGUUCUUGCAGGGUGUCUUGUGCUAAACUUCACCAAAUAAUAGCUGUUUGUAUUUUGGCUGCAGCAGUGGCCAUUUUAGUGGGAAUGGGCCCCCCCAUGCUGUAGGACCCGGCAGGUGUGUAAACGGUGGAUCUGGUUAUCUGACAUCAUAGAAGAUGUGGUUGAUGGAGACGUCAUUGAAGAGUCAUGAGGUGAAACCCCUGGGUAGAUUCUGCUGUCUUCUCCACCACUAAGGAGCUUCCUGAAGUUAAAGGUGCAGAACCAUAAUUCAUGAUAAUGAAAAUACAGAAGCCAGACCAACAGCUGCCCAGUUUAAAAGCACUUAGCUACUCACCAAUGUCCAGUGCCUCUAUACCUUGCGAACACCCCAUCCUGCCGUCAUUUUCAGAAUCCACCCCCCAAGAUUUCCACUCAGUGACGCUACUAGACACCACCUCUCACCUCUUAGAUGAUAAUGUUCUGUACCCGGACUCUGGGCAGGAAGAAUGCUUGGCUGUUGAAGCGACCAGCAUCAAUGGGAUGGAGAAUAGUGGAGGAGGGGGGACUGGGGUGAAGAAAAAACGUAAAAAAAAGGAGCCAGGGGAGGAGAAGGUGGCAAAACCAAAGAAAAAGAAAGAGCCCAAGAAAGUCAAAGAGCCCAAAAAGGUCAAGGAGCCCUCAGAGGCCAAGGACCCGAAAGAACAAAAGCAGCCGAAGAGUCCCAAGGAGCCGAAGAAGCCUAGGAAACCUCGGGAACCUAAACCACCUAAACAGAAAAAAGCCAAUCAGGACUCCGCUGCCAAGACCAAACCCAAGAAGUUAAGCAAAGAGCAGGGACCAACACCACUGGAGAAGAAGAAAAAGGGUAAGAGGAAAGCAGAGUUCUCUGAGGAGAGCCUGGAUGGAGAACCGUCUUUGCUGAACCCAGCAUCUCAGAGCACAGAGGAGUCGACAGAAUCUCUGGACAGCCAGAAGCGCAGAUCAGGGCGCCAGGUGAAGAGGCGAAAAUAUAAUGAAGAUCUGGAUUUCAAGGUGGUGGAUGACGAUGGAGAAACCAUUGCAGUUUUGGGAGCUGGAAGAGCUUCAGCAUUGUCGGCUUCCACUUUAGCCUGGCAAGCAGAGGAACCCCCUGAGGAUGAUGCCAAUAUAAUAGAAAGGAUCUUGUCUUCUAGAAUCUCUCAGAAAGAGUUUAUGCACGCUGGAAUCCCUCUGGAAGUGGAGGAAUUUUACGUUAAGUACAGAAAUUUUUCUUACCUGCACUGUAAGUGGGCAACCCUGGAAGAGCUGGAGAAGGAUCCUAGGAUCCAGCAGAAGAUCAAGCGCUUUCGGAACAAACAGGCGCAAAUGAAGCACAUCUUUACUGAGCCAGAUGAAGACAUGUUUAACCCAGACUACGUGGAAGUGGACCGAGUGCUGGAGGUGGCCCAUACGAAAGACUCUGACACGGGAGAGGUAAGGGAGGUAACACAUUUCUUGGUUAAAUGGUGUUCACUGCCGUAUGAGGAGUCUACAUGGGAGCUAGAGGAGGAUGUCGAUCCGGUUAAAGUAAAAGAGUUUGAAGCACUCCAAAAGGUUCCUGACCUCACCCCUAUGGAAAGGCCGGCGUCAGAAACCUGGCAGAAACUUGUGAGCUCUCGCACUUACAAGAACAACAACCAACUGAGGGAGUACCAACUAGAGGGCAUGAACUGGCUGCUCUUCAACUGGUACAACAGGAAAAAUUGCAUCUUGGCCGACGAGAUGGGUCUGGGGAAAACCAUCCAGUCCAUCACGUUUUUGUCGGAAAUCUUCUUCAUGGGCAUCAGGGGCCCCUUCCUCAUAAUCGCUCCUCUCUCCACCAUCACCAACUGGGAGCGGGAGUUCCGAACAUGGACAGAGAUGAACACCAUUGUCUACCACGGUAGCCAGAUCAGCCGCCAGAUGAUCCAUCAGUAUGAGAUGUACUAUAGGGAUGAACAGGGAACACCCAUUCCAGGGAUCUACAAGUUCCAGAUUGUGAUUACCACGUUUGAGAUGAUUCUAGCAGAUUGUCCCGAGCUGAAGAAAAUCCGGUGGAGCUGUGUGAUCAUAGACGAAGCACAUCGUUUGAAGAAUAGAAACUGCAAGCUUCUGGAAGGGUUAAAACUGAUGGCUCUGGAGCACAAGGUCCUACUCACUGGGACUCCCCUUCAGAAUUCUGUAGAGGAACUGUACAGUCUGCUAAAUUUCUUGGAGCCGGUGCAGUUCCCAUCAGAAAGCACAUUUCUGGAAGAAUUUGGAGAUCUCAAGACAGAGGAGCAGGUAAAGAAGCUGCAGUCCAUCCUGAAGCCAAUGAUGCUUCGAAGGCUGAAAGACGACGUGGAAAAAAACUUAGCUCCCAAACAAGAGACUAUCAUUGAGGUGGAACUGACCAACAUCCAGAAGAAGUAUUACCGGGCCAUCCUUGAGAAGAACUUUACAUUCCUGACCAAAGGGGCCAACCAGCACAACAUGCCCAACCUUAUCAACACUAUGAUGGAGCUGCGUAAAUGUUGCAACCAUCCAUAUCUAAUAAAUGGUGCAGAGGAGAAGAUUCUGGAGGAUUUCCGUAAGCGGCACAGCCCAGACGCACUUGAUUUCCAACUCCAGGCCAUGAUCCAAGCUGCAGGAAAACUGGUGCUGAUAGAUAAACUUCUCCCCAAGCUCAUAGCCGGCGGGCACAAAGUUCUGAUCUUCUCCCAGAUGGUGCGCUGCCUUGACAUCCUCGAAGACUACCUUAUUCAAAGGCGAUAUAUUUAUGAGCGCAUUGAUGGCAGAGUCCGUGGUAACCUCCGCCAGGCGGCCAUUGAUCGAUUCUGUAAGCCAGACUCGGACCGCUUUGUUUUCCUGCUGUGCACAAGAGCCGGAGGCUUGGGCAUAAACUUGACCGCUGCUGACACCUGCAUUAUCUUUGACUCUGACUGGAACCCACAGAAUGACCUGCAGGCACAAGCUCGCUGCCAUCGCAUUGGGCAAAGCAAAGCUGUCAAAGUGUAUCGCCUCAUAACCAGAAAUUCAUAUGAGCGGGAGAUGUUUGACAAAGCCAGCUUGAAGCUGGGCCUGGAUAAAGCUGUACUGCAGGACAUUAACAGAAAGGGAAACACUAAUGGGGUGCAGCCCCUCUCAAAAAUUGAGGUUGAAGACCUUUUGAGAAAAGGUGCCUAUGGGGCUCUGAUGGAUGAAGAGGAUGAAGGUUCCAAGUUCUGCGAGGAAGACAUAGAUCAGAUCCUGCAGCGCCGGACACAAACCAUCACCAUUCAGUCCGAAGGGAAGGGAUCCACAUUUGCCAAGGCCAGCUUUGUGUCGUCAGGCAAUAGAACAGACAUCUCUCUGGAUGACCCAAACUUCUGGCAAAAAUGGGCAAAAAUUGCAGAGCUUGAUACAGAUGCCAGGAAUGAGAAGGAAAGCCUUGUGCUUGAUCGACCUCGAGUCAGGAAGCAAACCAAACACUACAACUCAUUCGAGGAUGAUGAGCUGAUGGAAUUCUCAGAACUGGAAAGCGACACAGAGGAGAGACCAACACGGUCCAGGCGGCUGAAUGACAAAACAAGGCGCUACCUCCGGGCCGAGUGCUUCAGAGUGGAGAAAAAUCUCCUCAUUUUUGGCUGGGGACGCUGGAAAGAUAUCCUGAACCUCGGCCGCUUUAAAUGGCACUUAAAUGAGAAAGAUAUGGAGAUGAUCUGCAGGGCACUCUUGGUUUACUGUGUGAAACAUUACAAGGGAGAUGAGAAAAUUAAAAGCUUCAUAUGGGAUCUGAUCACCCCCACGAAGGACGGGCAUAACCAAGCACUUCAGAAUCAUUCAGGUUUAUCUGCCCCUGUUCCCCGUGGAAGAAAAGGAAAGAAAUUAAAGAACCAAAUGCUGUUGCCUGAGAUAAAGAAUGCAGACUGGCUGGCCAGCUGUAACCCAGAGAUUGUUCUGCAUGAUGACAGCUAUAAAAAGCAUCUCAAGCAGCACUGCAAUAAAGUUCUCCUGAGAGUGCGGAUGUUGUAUUACCUCAAAGCUGAGGUUUUGGGAGAAGCUGCGAGCAGAGCUUUGGAGGGAGAAAACGCCAGAGACCUGGAGGUUUUGUUGCCAGAUAUAGAUUAUGUGGAGAUACCCGUGGACUGGUGGGACACAGAAGCAGAUAAAUCUCUCCUGCUUGGUGUUUACAAACAUGGAUAUGAGAGGUACUUUGCCAUGCGUGCAGAUCCUGCACUUUGCUUCCUGGACAAGGUAGGAAUGCCAGACGAGACCUCGCUCACUGCAGAUGGAGUAAAUGAUGUGGCUCCAGAGUUGGGAGAUGGGAGUGCGAUCAAGGAAGAAAAUAAUGAAGAGAAAGUAAAUGAACAACAAGAGGAUGCAAGUGAGAGCACUGGGAAGGAGGAAAAAGCAGAUGAGGAGAGCAGUAUAGUUGAGAAUAUACAAGCCCAGGAUAGCCCUGAAGCAGACAAACUGAGCUGGCCUGUAGCAUCAGCUCUUACUGCAAGACUUCGACGGUUGAUCACUGUAUACCAGCGAUGCAACCGCAGGGACCUAGCGAGGCCUGAGGUUUUAGUUCCUACCAAUCACAGUUACUGGUUGCAGGAGGAGAUGGCCAGACGAGCAGAAAUGGACCCCAUUAUGAAGGAAAUGCAGAAAAGAUGGACCAGAAGAGAGCAGGCAGACUUCUACAGGACAGUGUCCUCAUUUGGUGUCAUAUAUGAUCCUGAAAAGAAGUGCUUUGACUGGACCCAGUUCCGCGCUUUAUCCCGUCUUGAUAAGAAGACAGACGAAAGCCUAGAAAAGUAUUUCCACAGCUUUGUCGCUAUGUGCAGGAAUGUCUGCCGCCUUCCACUCAGGAAAGAUGAUGGUUCAGCGGAUCCCUCUCUUUUCUUGGACCCCAUAACAGAAGAACGAGCAGCGAGAACUCUGUAUCGUAUUGAGCUACUGAGGAAGGUCAGGGAACAGGUGCUAAGGCACCCGCAACUCCAUGAUCGCCUGAAACUUUGCCGACCAAGCCUUUAUCUUCCAGUUUGGUGGGAGUGUGGUAAACACGAUAGAGAUCUACUGAUUGGCACUGCCAAGCAUGGGCUUAGCCGUACAGAUUACUACAUAAUGAAUGACCCGCAACUGUCUUUCCUAGAUGCAUAUCGGAAUUAUGCCCAAAAUAAAAGGAAUAGUGGUGAGAAUAUGUGUUACCAUUUCCAGAUGAAUUCCAAGGUGCAGGAGACACCUUCUUGUCAUUUGGAAAGGACAUGCGAAUCCACAAAGCUCAAACCUGAGAAAGACAUCAAAACAGAAGUUGAAGAGGCUACUACUUCAAACCAAAUGUGCAGCCCUCCGGACCUUACUUGUGAAAAUUUUAUUUCUCAAGUCGGAGAUAUGAUCUCAAACAACCACGACGAGUGCUCUAUGUCUGAUUCUCUUAUGUGCAUGAUUUGUGAUGAGAAGACUUGCAACAGUGCUCUGUUAGAUGCUAGCAAUAGCGAGCAAAGCUCUCUCACCCAGGAGAGCUUCUUGGGGUUGGAAGCUAAGAAUGGGCCAACCGAUUAUUCACUGAACAAGGCCAAAGAGGAUAACAUAUUACCCGUUGAGGAGUCUGUAUCUAGAGACUGUUUCUUGGGAAGCAGUGAAAAAGACGAGCCAAUGGAAGGCAUAGAUAGAAUUAAUGAACCGUUUGGUGACUCAGGGAGCCACCUUGGUUUGGCAGCAGAGGACUGUGAGAAAGCACAGGUGGACGCCAUUGGUCAGAGGGACUUGGACGAUGAUAACUUUUGCACAUCCCUUAGCCAGACUGCUGAACAAUCCUUAGGUCUAGAUCUUGAGUUUCUGGAUAAAACAUUUGGUGACCAUUCAGCACUGAGCCCCGGUAUCAAUGAGGACAAAGAUUGUGGCAUAACUGGAGAACAUUCUGAAGGCCCACAUUUAAAUCCAAUGCCAGUGCAGGAGAAAGAGGAAUGGGGGGCUGACCUUCAGGAACUAAAAGAGGAUCCUAUUGUGAAAUGGCAAAAUGAGCUAAAUGACAUGAAAGAUCCUCCACUGGAGGACGUAAUAAAAGACCACAAGUUAGAGGACCUCAGUAUAGAAAAAGACAGCUCAACAUCAAAGGGUAGCUACGGCAUCCCUUCCUUGCAGGUGAAUGAAUGUUUGGAUAUGAAACACAAAACCAGCCUUAUGCUUUCUGGACUCUUAAAGCAAAAGGUUGAAGACUUGAAAGAGAGAAUUGCUGGUGAAAAUGUUUUAGAAGAAUCCAAUGUUCCAUUGGAGGAAAAUGAAACCAUCAAGCUGGAGGAAUGUGAAGUGAAGAAAGAAGUAAAAAAAGAGAGUGUGGAAGAAGAGUGCAACUGUAAAGAUUAUCUUGAUAAAUACACAGAAGAUGAUGUAAAAGCUUGUCCCCUGUCUGUUCCUGAAGAAUCCCAUCAGGAUUUCCAAGAUGGCCGUGCUCCCACCAUUGCUCAGCUUUUGCAGGAGAAAACCCUCUAUUCCUUCUCUGAAUGGCCCAAGGAUCGAGUGAUCAUAAACCGGAUAGAUAACAUCUGCCACGCAGUGUUGAAGGGUAAAUGGCCGUCCUCCAGCCAACAGUUUGAAGCCCAGUGCAUGGUGCCAUCCUCAGUGCUGAGUACAUGUACACGGAGCAGCAGCUACCCCGCAGAAGCACAAAGCAUAGCCUACAGCAAUGGUUCCCCUGUGCCUCAGGCGCAGAAGGAGCCAUUAUCGGCAGCAACGUUUCCAAAUGAAGAAAGGAAGCACAGAAGACCAUUUGAGUUUGACAGUGAGAGGCAAGAUGGCAAACUCAGAGGCUUGGAGCACCUCAGCCCUUCCCAUGGUCGGACUAAUUCCGCACUGAACGGCUGGAGAGAUGCUGCCAUAGAGCUGUGCAGGGAGCAGGCUGCCGGCGGAGGCUCUUCCUACCCCAUGAACACCAGCACGCCAAAGAUAGCUGGCAUCGGUGGGCUACAGAGCUCCUUGGGGAUGGACUUGUCUGGCAUUCUGCAAGCUGGACUGAUCCAUCCCGUGACCGGGCAAAUUGUAAACGGGAGCUUGCGGAGGGACGAGUCCUCUUUGCGGAGGAGGAGAGGAAGGAGAAAAAAUGUGGAGGGCAUGGAUCUGGGCUUCCUAAAGGACAGGGGCAUGCAUGCUGGAAUUCUGGGACUCAGAGAAGUGCCAAACCAGCUAGGUUCUGGGCACACAGAAAGCUCCCUCUCUGCCUCUGCACGUUCGGGUGUCCCUGGAGCUAAAUUUCAGCCGGAGAAAGUUAUCUCCAACAAAAGCCUCUUAGAGUGGCUUCGGCAGCAGUCGGAUUGUACCAUUGAUAUCCCAACGUAUGGGGGUAGCUUUUCAGACAAGCCAAAGCCGAGGCGACAGCGCUGCAAGGAACCCAGCAAACCAGAGUUUAGCUUGUUGGCAGGGGAUGACCGAGUGUCGCUAGUUAACAAGGACACAGGGCAGCAGGGAUUCCUCCCAGAAAGCAAGUUUGGCAGAGCGCUGCCGGAGCCGCUUAUGCAUGAAACCAUGCCCAGGAGGCGAGGCAGGCGGCCCCGAAGUGAGCUGCUCAAAUCCACAGGAACCAUGGGCUCCGAUUCUUCUUCGGGCAUGGGACCACUUUUUAUGAACGGCCUGAUCGCUGGGAUGGAUAUAGUGGGAUUACAGAACAUGCGGAAUAUGCAAGGGAUCCCGUUAACCGGGCUGGUUGGGUUUCCGGCGGGAUUCACUGCAGUCUCCACAAACGAGGAAAUGAAAAGCACCUUAAGCAUGUUACCCAUGAUGCUCCCCGGCAUGGCUGCUAUGCCGCAGAUGUUUGGCGUCGGAGGGAUUAUUAACUCUCCCAUGGCAACAUCUGUGCCAACGUCUUUAGGAAGCACAAUUAAAAGUGGUAGCUCGCACCCUGAUAAAGCCACUGAGGACAAAGACGCAUGCCCAGAAACUAAACCAGACACUGCACCUUCGGACAAACCUUCUGGAUCCUUUCAGGAAAAGUCUGAACCUGCAGUGACUACCAGCAGCCCUGUAGCUUUUAACCCAUUCCUUAUCCCCGGCAUGUCCCCGAGUCUGCUUUACCCUUCCAUGUUUUUGUCGCCUGGAAUUGGCAUGGCCAUACCAGGGGUCCAACCCAACCGGCUGUCCGAGUCGGGCGGCAUUGAUCACCAACGGCGGAGGAGGAAGAAGACGAAAGGGGAAACCCAGACUUCUGAACAGGAGACUGUGCCCUUUACAGAAAGCACAGAAAGUGAGCGACUCUCCCCCGAAGCCCAGAACUGUGACACAGAUAAUACGCCGGCACCCGAGAAUGACAAGGAGGAUUCUGGUUUAAAAGAUACUCUAGAGCCCACCGAUUAGAGAUAUCUGCAAUUUGUGACUGGUCAGUUUUCUCUUCCUUGGAUAUUUCUAGUUCUCGCGGAUCUCUGGGUCGCCCAUUAGUAAAUUCUACCUAAACCGAACCCCCCCCCCCCUACUCUUCCUCCUCACAAUGCCGUGCUUGUAGCAACCAGUCGCUAUAGCAACAAGACUAUACCGCGGUCUGACUUUGCCAGGGACGCAGAGAAUACAGUUUUGGUUCUAGUGUUUUUUUUUCCUUGCCAUUCCAGCAUAAGGAUAAUAAGAAAUCAUGAGUUUUUUUUUUAUUUUUGAUUAUAGUCCAAUUGUACUUGCUCUCUCCGCCUCAUCAGAUCAGGCUGCAUACGAUUGGUUCUAAGGGGAGCGGUCUUAAAAACAGCAAUCCCUGAAUCCAAAGACGGGCCGUAAGCAAAAGCAAUAGAACUGGUGCUGUCCGUAAAUGAAAUGUGACGGAACCUAAAUUAUUGAUUGUUGGGUAUUUUUGUUGUUUUUUUUUUUUUUUUCCAGCAAUUUUAUUUUUUUUGCUUACAAUUCAGUGGUUCAGCAGUGUUAGAAGUGGGUUAUAAUAGUGUUCGCCUUUUGACCAUCAACCACUCAUUUAAAAAAAAAAAAAAGGAAAAUGCAUUUCAUUCAGAAACAGAACAUUUUCAAAAAAAAAAAUGUGAGUUUAUUUCCCCCUAUUGUAAAAAGAAAAAAAAAAAUAGAGCCCAUAUUGCUAUAAUUUCAUGUACCCUAUGAGGGAGGAGAAAGUACACGUACUUGUACACGUUUAACAUCGUCACCGUACGAGGGCUCGGAGACGCAUCGCAGCACCCACAGCGGGGUCCUUUCGCUACAUAAUAUAGAUGUAUAUUUCUUUAAUAAAAAAAAAAAAUAGUAUUUUUUUAAUUAAAACAAAAUACAAUA